AGAUGUCCUGCUGUUCCCUGGCUGCCGGAUCUUGUCGCAACGUGUGCUCCAAUAUCUCUUUGGUGGUGUUGGGUGCAGAGGCAGAGGCAAGGGAGAACGCGACUCGAAGCCUGCUGGAGUUCUGUUCCAUCGAGCUGACGGAGUUCUGGGGCUGCGUUAACUCGACUUUGAACGAGGUGAAGAAACAUGGAAAUUGGACGGGAAGGGGUUGCUGUUACCUCGCGCAGAAUCCUCUAUGUCGGUCCACGUGCGCCCUAGCAGGAUCCAGAAGACAAUUGAACGAGUCCUGUCGACCAAGCGACGAGCCUGAAUUUUUUUCUUGCUUGGAAAGGCGAGAAGAAGCGGAGCAUUGCUGCAGCAAUGUCUCGAACGAUACCUGCAGGACCAUUUGUCAAGAGUUAUUCUACAAGCCCGGGAAACUUUCCAACUUGAAAUUGUACAGUAGCAAAGGAUGCUUUCUUCAAGACCCAAAGUGUUUGAAGAACGUGGCUGAAGUGAAACACGCCGAAGAUCCGAAACAACAUCUACAUUGUUGCAACGAGGCUACCACUCCAGAGUGUCUGGAAACCUGCAAAAAAGUGCUGCACACCGCGACGACGGAGCAAGAGAUCAUGGACGCGUUGACAGAAAAAUGCAGGCCAGUUUUGCCACAAACGCCGUUCUGGAGCUGUUUAAUGAAGUCCGGCUCGUCCAAGCCAGCUCGUCUGCCACUAGAUGCGGGCAAAUUGUCGUGCUGCACCAAAGCGACCAAACCAUCGUGCCAGAAUCUAUGCAGGAGAGCGUUUCAAGCGGACUGGGAAUCCGCGUGGCUUCAGCUCGAUGCAGAAUGUUUGUCCUCGAGCUUGGAAGGAGAGCUGAGAAGGUGUCUGGAGGAUGCUGAUGACCCUUGCGAAAUGGGAUGUUCAGGGCUGUCCUAUUGCGCUCGAUUCAACGACAGGUCAACGACGCUAUUUAGGAGCUGUUCAGCGGCAGCUGACGAGGCGGCGAAAUGGGAAGCGGAUCACUGGUCCAGAGGAGGAAUCGUUCGAGGUUUAGGUGUUCCAGUUAGAGCUGCUGCGUCUUGCCCGCCGGAAACUCUCAGGGCUGCGGCGUGUCUGUUGCAACUGAGACCUUGCGAAACUAGGAUCCACGAGACCAGAUUGUGCAGAGAGGAUUGUCUAGAAUUGAUGGCUAGUUGCGUAGACUGGUCUGCCAUCACUGGUCCCCAUACAGCAGCUACUUUGUGCGCCAAACUAUCUUUAGCUAGAUCCGACGCACCUUGCGUCUCUCUCAAACCGUUUUUAGAGGAUCCACAGGAUAACGAGUCUGUGGUGAGACUGGAAGAGGACAUUAUGACACCUUGCAAGAGUAAUCCUUGCACACAGGGUGAGAUCUGCGAGUUGAUCAAUUACGGAAGGCAGGUGUAUCGCUGUGUACCUGGUUGUUCUCUCGGAGAAAUGUCCAAGCAAUUGGUACCGGUUAGAUCUUGGGUGCAGAUCCCAAGGUUCGAUCAACAGGGCUGUCAGAAGAUCUGCCAGUGUACGUUGCACGGUCUAGAAAAAUGUAGACCACUGAACUGUUUCAAAUUCAAUUCCAACUUCUACCUCGAAUGCAAUCCCUGUCACUGUUUCGAGGGAGAGUUCACGUGUUCUAAGAAGAGCUGCGGGGAAACCAGAAUUCCAUCGUUACCCUGCGAUUGUCCACCUCAUUAUGUGCCGGUCUGCGGGAGAUUAGGCUUCACGUUUGCAUCAGGUUGCCUUGCAAAAUGCGCAAAGAUGUCUGCGAACGAAGUAGAAUUCGGUAGCUGUUCCUCACGAGAUCCGUGCGCGCCGAAUCCUUGCGACAGUAUGGAAAAAUGCAUCAGGAGGACCAGAAUCUGUCUAUCCGGUCUUCAUAAACCUUGUCGUCAAUACGAGUGCGUUCCUCUCGAUUGCGAUCCUCGAGACGAAACUGGUCCAGUUUGCGACCGAGAAAAUCGUCAGCACCGUUCUAUAUGCGCGAUGAUUCGAGCUGGAGGUACUUUAGGGUACAGAGGACGAUGUCUGGAAGGAUGUACCUUGCGUGGUCCCGUUUGCGGUAUCAACGGAGAGGUAUACGGGAACGAAUGCGUUGCUUGGGCAGAGAGGACAGUGGUGGACUACUUUGGACCCUGUGUCGCCGUCGGAUUGAUCGGAGAUCAAGCUAAACCUCGUUGCGAGGAUUUGGUACAGUGUCCUCGAUUAAUCGAGCCAUACUGCGUCGGAGUUACACCGCCUGGUGCUUGUUGUCCUGUCUGCGGUGGAGCAGCGAAGCUUUUUUACUCCAAAAAACAGUUGGAUAGGAUAUACCACACGAUGGACAAGGAUACGGAUAAAGAUUCGGUCACGCUGGAGACUCUAUUGUCUGCUCUAGGGAGACAGAUUCAGGUUGCACAAUGUGUUCUUCGCGGAAUGAUGACUCCGGAUCGUGAUACGUUCAUUAUUAUUCAGCCUAGCUCGAGGAGACCCUCGACUUUGCAAAUGAGGGCUUGCGUGGCCGAGACUGAGAAGCUAGUUACCAGAAUUUUGGAAAGGAGCCCCAGGAUCGCGGCGGAGGUGCCUUUAGGCGCGCUCACCAGAGCGGAGAUUGCUCAUAGUUACAUAUCAAGUGCCAUGGCCAUUGGGGGAUGCGUUACGCAGAUCAUUUUUGGAGUUCUUCUUUACAUCGUAGUAUCGUAAGAAUCAUAAGAGAGAGAGAGAGAGAGAGA